AUGGCGGCACAGUCGAAUCUGCGCAGGACGGCGGCGGAGGAUGCGCUGGCCGAGUUUAUGGAGAAAUGGACCGGCAUCCUGGGCAAGAGGCUGCGGUCUACGUCGCGCACCACUCGCACUCUCGCCACGCUCUCGCUCGCCUUGUCCAUUAUCCUCGGCGCUGAGGGCAGCAGGCGGUGGUGGAAGAAGCGACGACACGAACACGAACAAGGCCGGAAGCUGGUCCGCACCAAUUCAUGGCUGCACAACAAGGACGGCUCUCGAACGAUAUACGUCCCCUACAAAGAUGGCACGUCCAAAGUCGUCAUCAAUACCACGAAGCCUUUGACGUUCGAGGCGCAUAGACGGCUGUUUCUCAAUCCUCCAAGAGUAUCGGGCCUUGGCGAUGGGACGGUUCCUUCUGCUCAGACAAAACCGGGCUUGAAUCUAGCGUUCCUGCAUCAAUUCCUUAGUCUUAUGAGUAUCAUGAUUCCCCGGUGGUCAAGCAAGGAAGCCGGUCUCCUGCUUAGCCACGGCGUCUUCUUGAUGUUGAGAACGUACCUGUCACUGGUGGUGGCUCGCUUAGAUGGAGAGCUUGUCCGAGAUCUCGUUGCUGGCCACGGUAAAGCGUUUCUCUGGGGCAUCGUAAAGUGGUGUGGACUGGGCACAUUUGCCUCUUAUACCAAUGCUAUGAUCAAAUUCCUCGAAUCUAAAGUAUCUAUUGCGUUCCGAACUCGACUUACUCGCUAUAUCCACGACAUAUACCUGAACGAAAACCUCAAUUACUAUAAAUUAUCCAACUUAGACGGAGGCGUUGGGCAAGGAGCUGAUCAGUUCAUCACACAAGAUUUGACUCUGUUUUGCGCCUCAGCGGCCAAUCUCUACUCAUCUCUGGGCAAGCCCUUUGUCGACAUUUGCGUCUUUAGCUUCCAGCUCUACCGGUCCUUGGGACCUUUGGCCUGGAUAGGCCUGAUGAGCAACUACUUUUUAACCGCAAGUAUUCUCCGGAAGCUGUCCCCGCCAUUUGGCAAGCUGAAAGCAGUCGAGGGCCGCAAAGAAGGAGACUUCCGCAGCCUGCACGCUCGCCUGAUUGCCAAUGCGGAAGAAGUAGCCUUCUAUGGCGGUGCAGACAUGGAGAAGACGUUCCUCAACAAGGAGUACAAAUCACUAAAAAGCUGGAUGGAAGGCAUCUACAUGCUCAAGAUUCGUUACAACAUCUUGGAAGACUUUAUUCUCAAGUACAGCUGGAGCGCUUACGGCUAUCUUCUUGCCUCUUUGCCGGUCUUCCUGCCAGCCUGGGGAGGAGUUGGUGGCGCGGCUGAGAUGACCGAGGGCGGAGAGAAGGGCGGCAGAGAGCGAAAUCGCAUGAAGAGCUUCAUUACCAAUAAGCGACUGAUGCUUUCACUCGCUGAUGCGGGUGGUCGAAUGAUGUACUCCAUCAAGGAUCUUGCCGAAUUGGCUGGAUAUACCAGCCGAGUCUAUACACUCAUCUCCACGCUCCACCGGGUGCAUGCCAAUGCUUACUACCUUCGAAGUGGGCAGAGCGAGCUGUACUCUUCGUCUGACGUCCAGGGAACAAUCCAGAAGGGCUUUGAUGGUGUUCGCUUCGAGCAAGUGCCGGUCGUUGCUCCUGGACUCUGGCCUCAGGGCGGAGAAGAGUUGCUGGAUUCUCUGUCUAUGAUUGUUCGGAGGGGAGAACAUCUCUUGAUCUCUGGCCCUAAUGGUGUUGGAAAAACUGCCAUAUCCAGGGUACUGGCUGGCCUCUGGCCCGUUUACCGCGGCCUGGUCAGUCGACCGAAGAGCAUAGGCGAAGACGGCAUCAUGUUCCUGCCCCAGCGACCAUAUCUCAGCCCCGGAACUCUUCGCGAUCAAGUCAUUUACCCCGAUGGCCAUGUAGAUAUGCGUGAAAAGCGCAAGUCUGAGAAUGAUCUCCAGAAGAUCCUGGAAGCGGCUCGCCUCGGCUAUCUUCCCGAUCGUGAGGGAGGCUGGGAUACUCGUAAGGAGUGGAAGGAUGUGCUCAGUGGUGGCGAGAAGCAGAGGAUGCAGUUUGCUCGUCUGUUGUACCACGAGCCACAGUACGCAAUCAUCGACGAGGGAACAAGUGCUGUCUCAAGUGACGUUGAGGGUCUGCUGUACGAAACGUGCAAGGAGAGGGGCAUUACCCUGAUCACCAUCUCAACGCGAGCUUCCCUCAAAAAGUACCACACUUACAACCUGCAGCUCGGCGCCGGCGACGAUGGUGACUCCUGGGAGUUUGAACGCAUCGGAACCGAGCGCGAGAAGAUGCAGGUCGAGAAGGAGGUGCAGGAUCUGCGUGACCGCCUCGCGCAAGUAGACGAGCUGAAGAAGAGGCGAGAAGAGAUUGAGAAGGAACUCAAUGCUGUGUGGACGGAAAAGGGCGAUUUGCUCGACGCGCCAUCGUAUAUUGACAUCGACGAGGCUCCAGUUACAAGCGAGGAGUCUGUUGAGGCCUAA